UCGGUGAAUUGACAAGGUUGCUGUCGCGACGCAAGCAGCAAAUUUGCUGAACUUGCUGUGUAGAGCUGACUGUUUUAGAGAGACUGGUUUUUCUAAGGAAUCUUUUACGUCUUAAUCGCAAGACAACGUUAGGUUGCAGACGAAGAGCUCUCAUAGCUUUUAAAUGGCCACGCUCGAGGAUAAGUCUAUCUGGGAAGAUGGAGAGGAAACUUUGGGAGAGGAUGUCUUACGAAUGUCAACAGAUGAAAUCGUGUCACGUACGCGACUUUUGGAUAACGAAAUCAAGAUAAUGAAGAGCGAAGUGAUGCGGAUUUCUCACGAACUCCAGGCGCAAAACGAUAAGAUUAAAGAGAAUACAGAGAAGAUUAAGGUGAACAAAACCCUGCCGUACCUGGUAUCGAAUGUUAUCGAGCUGUUAGAUGUCGACCCGCAGGACAUGGGGGAAGAAGACGGAGCAGUGGUCGAUUUGGAUGCUCAAAGAAAGGGAAAAUGCGCGGUGAUAAAGACAUCGACUCGCCAGACGUAUUUUUUGCCUGUAAUCGGUCUAGUCGAUGCUGAAUCGCUGAAGCCAGGUGACUUGGUAGGAGUCAAUAAGGACAGUUAUCUCGUCUUAGAAACUCUCCCGGCUGAAUACGAUGCCCGGGUCAAGGCCAUGGAGGUAGACGAGAGACCUACAGAGCAGUACUCCGAUAUUGGUGGACUGGACAAGCAGAUUCAGGAGCUGAUCGAGGCUGUUGUAUUGCCUAUGACGCAUAAAGAAAAGUUUGAGAACUUGGGAAUACAGCCGCCCAAGGGAGUUCUACUCUAUGGUCCACCUGGAACUGGGAAGACCCUACUGGCCAGAGCUUGUGCCGCCCAAACAAAAUCUACCUUCCUAAAACUGGCAGGACCACAACUGGUACAGAUGUUUAUUGGCGAUGGUGCAAAAUUGGUGAGAGACGCGUUCUCGUUGGCCAAGGAAAAGGCUCCAGCGAUAAUAUUCAUUGAUGAAUUAGACGCUAUCGGCACAAAACGUUUUGAUUCGGAGAAAGCGGGAGACAGGGAAGUACAGCGUACAAUGUUAGAGCUAUUGAAUCAGCUAGACGGGUUCAGUUCGACUGCAGACAUUAAAGUGAUCGCCGCCACAAACAGAGUCGACAUCUUGGACCCGGCUCUGCUGCGAUCUGGACGUUUGGAUAGGAAGAUCGAGUUUCCGCAUCCUAAUGAAGAAGCCAGAGCGCGCAUCAUGCAAAUACAUUCGCGCAAGAUGAACAUGUCACCCGAUGUAAAUUUCGAGGAAUUAUCCAGAUCUACAGACGAUUUUAAUGGAGCACAGUGUAAAGCUGUUUGCGUAGAAGCGGGUAUGAUAGCAUUACGACGCAACGCAACAGAAGUUACUCACGAAGACUUGAUGGAAGCUAUUAACGAGGUGCAAGCAAAAAAGAAAGCAAAUCUGAAUUAUUAUGCUUAAUACACGGUGUCGCUUCAUUUAUUUAUUAGGAUAUCUUUUGUAUAAUAAAUAUAGAAACAUCUAUUAUCUCUA